AUGGGUGUAGUCGAUCCGAAGCCUGGAGAUGGAGGAAACCCGGGCGAUAACGGCGGCCAUGGUAUUUUGAACAGCCAGGAGGAAAGAAAACAAUAUCAAAACAUUUACCGCUUUCUCAACAGGGCGGAUGUCGACCGUGACGCCAAGAUUGAUCGUGUGCGUUUCUUCAAAGAUAAAAAGCCCGUUUUUGAACGAGCAUUUCACGAGCGGCUGAGGUCAAGUGCUUCUUGGCCUGCGAGGGGCUCUGAUGCACGGCAGGAAGCCGAGGUCAUCAUUGUCGAGGAGCUUGAUCCGGAGUGUCUGAGAGAGUUCCUUGCGACGCGCAUUCGGAAUGAUACCCAGCGCCAGUCCUUUCUUAGUUUCGUGGACGAGUAUCUACACGAUCACCCGAGCUUCAACUUCACAGAUGUGGAAUAUCGGAUCCGUCCUGCGCCGUCCGUGCAGAACAAACAGCAGCACGAACUGCUCAUCCACAUACAGCUGCGCGAAUUGGACCGGCCCUUCAAGUUGAGCUAUUUCGAGAUUCAGAACUCCGCGCGGGAGUCUCGAGCUCUCAGGGCCUCUUACGCAUAUGGGCCAUUGAAUCCAGUGCAGCGCCCACCGCUGACACCAGAAGAUGCCGAUUUCCCACCGCUCGCAAUCACAAGAGCUAGUGUGGCUAUUUGGUUUGAUGGCGAUCCCUGGGACACUUCUCCGUUCACAGUCACGCAGGACUUGCGCAGCAUUAUAGGAUACGAUUGGCUCAGGAUCAUUGGCUUCGUUACUCGAGACCUUUACUCGAUACACUGGGCCCUACAAGGAGGGGACCGCAUGUCGGAUGAGAACAAUCAGGAGUUGUAUCGAACAGCUUUGCAGCAUUUAUUCUCAGUAGAUCGACGGAUUACGUGGUACUGCGAGGUCAUUCAGGAACAGCUGAACUCGUGCCGUUCCAAAGGAAAGCCGUUGUGGAAUGGGAAGAGCUUGGGUCUGGAGCAAGUCCGAGUCGCAGACAUGGUUUCCCAAGAGUUGGUGAUGGACUUUGAGAAUAUCAAGACCCAGAUUGCACAGACUAUCGAGCGGUUAGACAAGAGUAUUAGCUAUGUCAAUGGCCAGGUCAAUGUCAAAGAGGUCGAGAGAGCUAACGCGCAGAGCAAGAUCGUGCUGGCACUCGCAGUGGUCGGAGGCUUCUUCCUUCCAAUAAGUACCAUUGCGGCGAUUUUCAGCAUGGCGGAUGACUGGGCUCCCGGCAAGGAUGGGUUUGGUCAGUUCUGGGCUAUUUGCAUUCCAAUCUCUGCGUUAGUAAUGGUGAUACUGGUCAUGAUUAUUCGCUGGUCGACCAUACUACGAUGGAUGGGGAGGCUAAGGAGAGCUAGUCAGAUGUGUACUGAAGGGGUAGUUUAA